UGUACCGGAAAUGAUCAACAGUUUGGGCUUGUUUAACUUGGAAUCCAUUGAAAACACAGAGGUGGAAUUGUUCAACAAUAUGACAAAAACAAGAAUAAAAUGUCCUAUACAGGGACUGUAUGAAUUUGGUAUAUUCAGCACUUCUCUUCCGGGGAAUGAGAUUCCUGGCUGGUUCAGCCAUAAGGCUAAGGGACACACGAUAUCUUUCAGUGUCCCUUCGCAACCUAAUCUCAAGAUGCAAGGUUUCAAUGCAUGCUUUGUAUACUCACGUUCCAGGGAUAAGAAAUACCGGUUUUGGAGUGAAUCCAAAUCUAGGAAUUGGAGUUCAUAUUUUAUCAAAAUCAGCAAUAAGACAAGGGGUCUGAAGUGGGUAUAUAGCCCAACUUUCCUAGGUAUUCCAGGUGCCAGAGAAGAUAUGACAUGGUUAAGCCAUUGGAAGUUUGAGAAUCAGCUGGGAGUUGGUGAUGAAGUGAGUGUGUCGGUGGUUGCAUGGAGUCCUGCUUUCUGCAUAAAGGAGUGUGGGAUCAGCUUCAUGUACGAGGAGCAAGAAGAGCAGAAGCGAAUAUCGACAAAGAGUGAAAUAGAAGAACACGUCAUCAACCAGAACACUACCUAUCCUUUGCAAAAUGUGAGUGAUGGUGUUGAGUCAGCAUAUCAGAUGAGAAGUGGCAAAUACUUCCUCUCACAUUCCGAGUACUUCAUGCUUGCAGAAGGCUCAAGUCAAUCAGCAAAGGCUAUUUUGUAUGAAAACUUAUUUCAAGACAAGGUAGAAAGUACAGUCUCAACAUAUGAAGGAGAAGGAGAAGGAGAAGAGGGAGAUGAUAGUGAUGAUUUUUAUGACAAUUAUGAUGACAAUGAUGAUGAGGAGGAACUGAUGACCAUAUUGGGUUGGCAGUAAGGAGGCGAAGCAAUGAUAAGUUGAAUAGGAUGGUCCUUGGUCGCUCACUCUUGCUCUCCCGAUGGCUUCUGUUUUCAGUCCACACAUUCUACCAUCAAGUUGUGAGGUGUUGAGCUGUUGAUAGUUAUCAAACACCUACAGUUACUCCUGCGUUCAAAAUUUUGCAUUUAGAAUUACUUUACUUUUACAGAUAAUUGGUGAUUUUCAUAGUCAUAGACAGAGUGGGGGAAGAAUUUAUAAUGACCUGUUGGUGAUAGCAAGGAAACAAUGGUGAUGGUAGAGGGUGGCUUUUGUGGUAUGCACUGUAUACAUGCACACUAAAAUAUUUUUUAUUGUAUUGGUUCUUUUUAUAAUAACAAGUCUUUGUCUAUCAAAAUUUAGUGUCAUUAUGUUUCUAUAUUCAUGUUUCACUUCUGCAUUUAAUACAUCCGAAAGUCUCUUUAUUUUUUGCAAGCCAAAAUAGUCCAUGUUCUUCGGUCAUGUUAUCAUCUUUCACAAAAUUUUAGGAUUAAUCAAUUUGAUGUUCUCACUCUGCUUUCUAAUGACUUGGGAAGUCACUGACCAGUAUGAAGCAUGAAAACUUUUCAAAUGUAGUUAGGCUCGGCCACUUGAGCAAAAGCAUAAAAAUUGAUCCCCAGUACUUACAGAAUCAGCUUUAUAGUAGGCACUAUGCUGGCAUUAUAAUUCAUUUGCUCAUGUCAAGACAGAUAAUAAAUGUUUCAAAAGAAGCCCACCAUAGCAACAUGCUUCCAUAUUAUGUGAGGAUCCUUGCUAGGACAGAAGAAUUUUCAAGCAAGAAAUAUAUUACUGUCAUGACUAACUUACAGUAUCUUCAUCAUUUUUAGAAAUUUAGAAGUUUGAACAUGACUCAGCUUUGAGUCUAAACCAAAAUUUUGGAAGCAGAGGUUUUACACUAGUUCCAGUCAAAUGACCUCAUCUGGAGUCUCUCGAAACAUCAAUACGAUAUCAAAAUUUUUAAACAGAAAUGGAUGAGUUUUUUUUUAAACAGUCAUUUUAAAACAAAAAAUAUCAUUUCUUAAUUUAAACAGCCAUUGUGGAAAAAUGCAAAAACACAAAAAAAAUGUUUUCUAUUGUUUUCGAAACAAAUUUUCAUUUCCUCUUCCCUGCACCGGCAAACCCCUUCUCCACUUUUUGGCAACCCUUUGUGACCACUCCCCCCUUCCCCUCUGAUAACCUCUUCCAGCCUCCUUCGGCAACUCACCAAAUAUGUUGUUUAAUUUUUAUUUGUUUUGAAUAUAUGUGUGCCAUUUUUUUUUUUUU